AUGAGGAAAAAACUCAAACAGGCACUCGUUUCAGAUAGAGUCUGUAAAAAUAUAGUGGAAAAAUUGGGGAGAAAAGGGGGUCUGUCCAGUUCAAUAUUACCAAUUUCUAGAUUGCCUACAGGCUCUUCUUCAAAUUUUUGUAUUAAACGACAGCUUUAUUUUUUGUUUAAAAUCUUGUUAUUGCUUCAUAUUUCAAUUAAUAAUGUGACAGGAAUUGCCCAUGAUUCAAUUUUAUGUUCAAAUUCUGAGGACAAUACGGGUGUUCAAAAAUGUGAGGAACCUUCCCAUAAUAUUCUAAAACUGGUGAAACGUGAUGAUAGGAAGGCUAGAGAAAUUGCUCAAGAACACGGAAUGGUUGUUAAGGGCGAACCUUUCCUUGAUUCGCAUUAUUUUCUCUCUGAAGACAAAACGGGUGUUGGCGCUCAACGAAGGAGAAAACGUUCACUGGAAAGUAUACAAGAUAGACCAGAAGUUGCUGAAUUAAUAGUAGACAGGCCUAGACGACGAGUUAAACGUGAUUAUAUUGAACAACCUUCAAUAAUUGGACCGCUUGAAGAAACUCAAUCUGGCAGAAAGCGUCGUCAAACAACAUUUUUUGAACGUCGACCAGUUCCAAAAUUGCCAUUUCCAGAUCCUUUAUAUCAAGACCAAUGGUAUUUGGUUAGUUUUUUUUGUUUUUUUUUUAAAUUUUUUGACAAGGAUUUGGUAUUUUUUGGGUACCAUUGGAUAGAGGACCCUCGACUUUGUAUUGCAAAGUGAUAUCCGUUUUCUUGCAAAAUCACUUUGGGCCCAGUUGAAUUAAUAGUAGACAGGCCUAGACUUCCAAAAAACUGAAACUUCAAACUCGACCUCGAACCUCGCCUAAAAGUCAACCCUAACCCCGAAACCCGACGUGCCCUCCUCGGCAAACCCCGAUCCCCGACACUUC